GCUCUCUGCUUGGUUUCUCUUUCUCUUUCAGAUAAACAUCGAACGAGUCCCACACAAUGCAACAGUCUCCUCCCCUGGUCUCAGUUCUACAAGAUCCAAACCCAAGCCAGCCUGGCUCUGUGGCAGGCAGACCUGAUUUCCCGGACUAUGGCCAGUCAAAUCUCCAAAGCUGAGGGGCUGUGUCCUGGGAAGGCCUGCUUGCUCAUCCUGAUCUCCAUGCUGCUGCAGUCCCUGUGUUUGGCGGUGACCUACAUGUACUUCACCAAGGAGCUGAAGCAGAUGCAGGAGAAGUACUCCAGAAGUGGCAUGGCCUGUUUCCUAGAGGACGAUGACAGCUCUUGGGACCUCAGUGAGAAAGACAGUCUGAACAACCCGUGUUGGCAAAUCAAAUGGAAUCUGCAACAGCUCGUAAGGAAGAUGUUUUUGAGAGCGUAUGAGGAAACCACUCCUCCAGACCCAGAAAAGCAAAAGGAUAUUCCGUACCUAUGGAGAGAAAGAGGUCUUCCCAGAGUAGCAGCUCACAUCACUGGGAAUAAUCAGCGAUCCAGGCCAUUGACAACACCAAAUCUAGGCUCCAAAACCGAAAAGGCUUUCGGCAGGAAAAUAAGGAUCUGGGAGUCAUCAAGGGAAGGACAUUCGUUCCUGAAAAAUUUACACUUGAGGAAUGGAGAAUUGGUUAUCCAUCAAACUGGGUUCUAUUACAUCUAUUCCCAAACAUAUUUCCGAUUUCAAGAAAAAGAAACAGCAGUGAACAGAAGGAAGAGUAAACAAAUGGUACAAUAUAUUUACAAAUACACAAAUUAUCCUGACCCUAUCCUACUGAUGAAAAGUGCUAGAAAUAGUUGCUGGUCUAAAGAUUCAGAAUAUGGACUCUAUUCCAUCUAUCAAGGAGGAGUUUUUGAGCUUAAGGAAAAUGACAGGAUUUUUGUCUCCAUCACUAAUGAACAGCUGGUUGACAUGGACCAAGAAGCCAGUUACUUUGGGGCCUUUUCAAUUGCCUAACUCAUCGCAGCUAAGUUUGUUCAGUUAACAGCCAAGUCCCCACUACCCUACAUUUCUUGGAAAGUAGUUCAAUCUCUUAAGAUGCAUUUAGGGUGAAUAACGGAUUGGAAGAGUGUUAAGGAAAGAAUCCCUAUGGCCCGAAGUUUAAUUCAAUGUCCUUACUUUGUCUUGAACACUAACGUUAGUUGAUAUAUUCAGUAGAAUGCUGGUUCUAUUACCCACAUAGCACUUCUCUCACAAAAGGGAAAAAGUUAAGAACUGACAGUCCACACACACUAUAAAUGUAAGUGAUUUCCAAACUGGGAGAUGUUAAGGUCACCUCUGGGCUAUAAUUCACCAGCCUCCCUCCCCAACCCACACACACACACACACACACUCAUAUAUAUUUAUCAAUUCCACUGUACUUGAUUAUAUUUAACUUCUGCAUAGAUUUUUUACUAUUUUUUAAUUUAAAUUUUAAAAAAUAUCCCAUUAAAGUUGUACUUUUGGUUUUAUUGUGGGUCAUGGAAUGACUUGUGUUGUCCCCAAAUAUGUAUCUACUUAACUGAGUCAUGAAUUUCAGUUGUUUGACUGUUUGUU